AUGCCUGUACCUCCCAUGACCUUUGUUCUUGUGCAAUUGUCACUCGUUUCGCUGGCGUGUCUCGCGUAUAGUGCAAUCACUCCAGGCCCGGAUCUCCUUGUGCACACCACCUCUGGGCGUGUGCGAGGAUUCUUGGACUCCACGACCACAAAUGUGGAGCUGAAAAAGUGGCUCGGGAUACCCUUCGCCGAGGACACCGCAGGCCAAAACCGUUGGCGGCCGCCCAAACCACUAAAGCCAACGCGAGACUCAAUACUCAACGCGACAACCUAUGGACCGGCGUGUCUGCAAGGAAGGUCGGCUGAUGGAGGGAACGGCACUUCGAUCCAAAGCGAGGACUGUCUGCGGAUUAACAUUAUUGCACCCUCGAACGCGAGCGACCUCCCUGUUUACCUCUAUUCCCAUGGCGGAGGGUUCGACAGUGGUGCUUCGUCGGACCCAAAAAUCGACGGGACAUACUUGGCUGCGAGGGGUAUCGUAUUCGCAAGCUACAACUACCGCCUCUCACUGUUUGGAUAUCCACACGCCGAAGAAAUAGCAGAAGCAGGUGAGACACAGAAUUUCGGACUUCUCGACACUCGGGCUGCCGUGGAAUGGUUAUACGACAAUGGCAAACAAUUCGGUGGUGAUCCCAAGAAAAUCACGCUCGGAGGCGAGUCAGUAGGAGCAGAAAUGACCAACUUCUAUCUGUCUGCGUACCACAAGGACCCGCUCAUCCGAGGAGCUGUGAUGCAAAGUGGAGAUACCUUGCAACCAAUGUGGCAGAUAAAUGAUCAGAUUUCAAAAGUCGCUGCGAACGUGAGCUGCCCAACAGGUCGUGGGCUUCUCACCUGUCUUCGACGGAAGUCUGGAACAGAGUUGCGCCAAGCCCUUCUCUCGACCGGCACGCAAUUCCAACCGGUGGUGGACAAUAUCACGGUGUGGAAAGACUUUGUUGUCCAAACGAAGGCAGGCCUAACUGCCCGCGUCCCACUGUUGAUAGGGACGAACAAAGACGAAGGGACGCUGAUAGUAGAAGGCGAACCUACAGCGUAUCUGCCUGAUAUCGUCCAAUACAGUAAAAGCAACAACCUUAAUUUCCCCUUCGCCAAUGUCUCCGAGCUGCAGAAGAACUAUCCCGUACCCUCGGGUGCCUUCUCGACUGCAUACAAUGCAUCUGCAGGGAUGUGGAGAGACGCCCAUAUGCUCUGCCUAGCCAGCAACCUCGCGGGUCUUCGGUCGACCGUGCUGGGUCUCCCGGUGUGGCGUUACCGGUUCGACCAUGUUGCAGCCAACCUCAACUCACGAGUGCGAAUCGGGGCAUUCCAUGGGUCCGAGAUUCGCUUCGUCAUGGGCCAGUGGAGGACGAUAGUGUUAUCGCCACCCUUCUUACCAGCCACUCCAGAACAGAUAGCUAUUUCAGACCUCAUGGUUACUGCCUGGACGAAUUUUAUCAAAGAACCCCACAAAGGGCCGCGUAUUCCUGGAUGGAGUAAAUACAAUCCUGAGCACGCAAGUACGUUAGCGAUUUUGGGCACCUCCGUCAGUGGUGCCAUGCCGGGCGACCACUUCUUCGCGGACCGCCCUUGUGCGUACUGGAAUACCAUUCUACCUGUCUUCCCUCAGGUUGACGUUCCCGAGGUGUGGAAACUGGACGUGUUAGCCACUCACAUCCGCUCGUCUAUUCUCGCGGAGAAGUGGGGAGUAAUACAUACGCCGGUGUCUGUUGGAAAUCUCUGCCGAGAGGCCGUGAUUGGAGUACUCCUGAAGAGCCAGAACGUCGCCGUUCACGAAGUCGCAGGAAGGAGAGAGGCAAAAAAGCUUGAUGGACUCGAAGCGUCCUGA